AUGAGAAUAACUUCGAUAAUAGUAUUAUUCUCGUUAUACUCAACAAUAAUAAAUGCAGCUCCUACCGCGGUACCCACACUCGAAAAGCGUCAAGAAACUGAACAAGAUCCAGGCUUUAAUACUAAUAUUUUCGAUUCUUUCAAACCACUAGAAGUUACUGCAUCACCUAUAACAAGAGAAUAUACUCUAAAAUUAGCUAAAGCAGAAUUAGCUCCAGAUGGAUUCUCGAGAAUCGUUUUGAUUUCAAAUGGUCGAUAUCCCGGUCCCAUGAUACGUGCUAAUAAAGGAGAUCAAAUAGUUAUUCAUGUAAAAAAUAACUUGAAUGAUUUUACUACAAUUCAUUGGCACGGUAUAUUUCAAAAAGGCACUACAUUUUACGAUGGUGUUGCUGGACUGACACAAUGUCUUAUUCCAACUGGUACAACGUUCACUUAUAAUUUCACAGGAGGUGAACAAUAUGGGACUUAUUGGUGGCACUCCAAUUUCGGAUCCCAAUAUGUGGACGGGCUUGCAGGUCCAUUAAUGCAUGUUAUAGUAUAUACCAUUCAUGAUCCGAAAGACCCCUACUUAAAUGACUACGAUGAAGAGUUUGUAAUGACUUUAUCGGAUUGGCACCAUGUAUAUUCGGAGAAAUUACCUGUCCCAAACUCAGGGCUUAUUAGUGGUCGUGGAAGAUGCGAUUGUUCUAAAGCACCUCAAGGUUCCAAAUGUGUACCAGAUAACCCAUUGGCUGUUUAUGUUGUUGAAAAAGGAAAACGCUAUCGUUUCCGUAUUAUCAAUAUAGGCGCGGAAGCACCUUUUACUUUCUCGAUUGAUCAACAUCCACUAAGAAUAAUUGAAGUAGAAGGUGAAAAUGUCAAGCCCGUAACUUUAAACAAGAUAAAUAUAGCCGUUGGCCAACGCUAUUCUGUUAUAGUUAAUGCCGAUAAAGAAGUUAAUAAUUUCUGGAUUCGAGCUACAAUCGUCAAACAAUGCAUACACGUUUCACCAGAAACCAUUAAUGUAAAUUCAUCAUUAAAUUAUAUGGUAACUGGUACAUUAAGAUAUAACGGAGCUCCUGAUGCUUACCCAACUACACAAGAAUGGGAAGAAAAAGUUCUUAAUUGUAGAGAUGUAGAUCACAAUCUAUUAAAAUUAAAUCCACCCAGACCUCCACCAGCUAAUCCAACAGAUAAUUUCACUUUUCGAAUUACAUUUGAUGAUUUUGAUAGUGUUGGUCACGCUCUGGUAAAUGGUUUUCCUUUCAAGCCGGAAUUAGAAGAUCCCACCGUAAAUAAAAUGAUGUAUGAUACAACUCCUAGCAUGUUAAAACAGAAUCAAAAUGCUUUCGUUUAUGACACUCAAAACGGUGUUGUUGAAAUUUCUAUAAUCAACGAAAAUAUGGCGACACAUCCUUUCCAUUUUCACGGACAUAAUUUCUUCAUUAUGGGUCAAGGUCCUGGUAAAACACCUGAUCCAACACAAUUUAAUUUGGUAGACCCUGCUGUUCGUGAUACUGUAACGGUUGCUGGUUAUUCAUGGACUGUAAUUAGAUAUUUUAUUGAUAAUCCUGGUAUAUGGGCUUUCUAUAGUCAUAUUGAGUGGCUCAUUGAAAUGGGAAUGGUAGGACAACUUAUAGAAAGGCCCAGUGAAUUAAAAAAUAACCCGAUACCGCCAAAAGUAAAGGGUAUAUGUCCUCUAGAUAAUGAUGAUGAUGAUGGUGAUAAUAACAAUAAUACCGCUAAGAAAAGAUCAUUAAAAGUAUAUAAAAAAUAUUACAAACGCUCUGAUAUUCCUAAUAUUUCCCGUCAUGUCAGAUAUAAAUUUAUGCGUGGAAGUGCAUAUUAGAGGUGACGUGUAAAAUAAAGAUUUUGGAUUGAAUUUGAAGAAGAAAACAGAGAUGAUGAUUAUUUUGCGGAAAUUUAUUAUAAUGUUUACGUUCGGGAAUUUAAUUUUUUAAUUUAUUUAUUUUAUUAUAUGAAUGUUGCUAAUUUGCACUCGGGGUGAAAUCACCUAAGGGUGAUUUCACCCAGGUCACGAUUAAUUUAUUAAAUUUAUUAAAUUUGAUUAGUGUAAAUUUAAUAUUUCUCACUUCAUAAUUUG